CACCCCUUUGCCAAGUGGUCAGUUUAUUCAGAGUCGAGCUAAUUGAAAAAUCAUUAAAAGAAUUUGCUAUCUAAACAAACAAAAUAUUCCACCAAGUAUAUCUCUCUAGUAAAGGCUCACAUUGACAUUUAAUUAAUGGACAUAGAAAAUCGUAAAACUCCUUGAGCAUAUUUUUCACUUUGGAAGUAAGCCAAGAAAAAAUUAGUACACUUUGCAACCACGUACCACAUGUUUAGUGUUUACAUGUAGUUGUAGGUUAUAAGUCAUAAAACAACAAUUAUUAAAUAGCUUUGUGCAGCAGUUUUAACACAGCAACAAAAUUCUAGUGCAUAGAACGAUAUAAACUCGUAAAUGGCCUCUUCGACAAGACUGACACGAUCCUCGGCCCGAAAAUUGAUGACGAAAAAAGCAGACUCAUUAAAGAGCCCCACCUCAGAACAUAAGGGCUGUAGUCUUAGAAAUGAAGCAGCGGUUACUUUUCCUAAAGCUGCAGAUCUACAAAAGACUCCGACGAAGCAUAAAGCCAGCUGCGAGGUCGAAUAUGGUUACAUCAGUUCAGUCACUCCUCCGAAACAGACAAGAACCCAUGCCACUGAUGUUGAUAGCGUAAAAACCCCAAGUUCACUGUUUAAAAACCUCUCCUUGAAAAGUCCGGUAAAAAAGCCGAGGAGCACGAAUACGAAAAAAAGCUUGUUCGAAGCAUGUAACCAAGAGGAAGGCGUUGAAAAGCUGGAAAAUGAGGCUGCUGAGCAGCUUGAAAAGCCGAAAACUCAGUAUCAAAAUGCCAGACGCGCUCUACAUAGUCAGACUCCCACAGACAUGCCAGGCAGGGAAAAGGAAAUUGAGGACAUUAGGAAUUUUAUAGAAGAGCAUAUAGAAAAUGGCACCUCCGGGUCGAUUUAUAUUAGCGGCCCUCCAGGGACUGGCAAAACAGCAUCUUUGAAUUUAAUUCUGGAAGACAAAGGCAUUUCCUCACUAAUUCAGAAGAUCUAUAUCAACUGUACGAGCAUAAAAUCAGCAACAUCAGUGUAUUCAAGAUUAAAUAAAGAACUGUGUAUCAAAGUGAAUGGAAAAUCUGAAAAAGACAAUCUAUCUGCCUUUGAAAGGUAUUUGAAGAAAAAGCACAAACCGAUAUUGAUUGUGUUAGAUGAAAUUGACCAAUUGGAAACCAAGAACCAUUCAAUUCUCUAUACAAUAUUUGAAUGGCCGUCCAGAUUGGAUUCGAAAAUUAUUUUAGUCGGUAUUGCCAAUGCCUUAGACUUAACUGAUCGGACACUCCCCAGGCUGCAGGCUCGAUGCGACCUCAAACCGAAGCUCUUGCAUUUUGCCCCAUACACUAAAGAACAAAUAGUCUGCAUUUUCACUUCGCGUUUAAAGGCAGCAGGAGUUUUUGAAGUUUUUUCUUCUGUCGCCAUCCAGAUGCUUGCAGGUAAGGUAGCUUCUAUAUCGGGCGACGUGCGUCGAGCACUUGAUAUCGGGCGACGAGUGGUAGAACUCAUUGACGAAAACAAAACAAGCGAUAUUUUGAAAUCGGUAGAGAAUUUCACUGCUGACCUCAAACCAACAGAAAAUGGCACAAAAAAGGUCAACCUACAAGAAGUUGUAAGUGUGUUAAAUAACGUUUAUGGUACCACGCAAAAUCUAACUGUGGAUAGUGAGGAAGCCUUUCCUUUGCAGCAAAAAAUUAUCAUCUGCACGCUACUUUUAAUGCGUAGAAAAGCCAAGAACAAGGACAUAACAGUGGGAAGGCUUCAUGAAGUGUAUUCGCGAGUGUGUAAGAAGCGGAAUGUCACAGCAGUAGAUCAGGCUGAGUUUGCGGGUCUGUGCGAUUUGAUUGAGACCAAAGGAAUUAUCAGAGUGAUAAGGAAAAAGGAGCCAAGAAUGCACAAAGUGUCGCUAGAGUGGAAUGAAAACGAGGUUUCUGAUGCUCUUAAAGACAAACAGUUAAUGUCGACAAUUUUGGACGAUGAGUCUUGCCUAGUCGGCAAUUUGUAAAAAUCUGGAGGCAAAUUUAUAUUUUUAUUUGUACGCGAACAGUUUUAGAAUGUGACUACAAUUAUGAUAAUUUGAUUGCUUAGUUUUAUUAAUUUAAUUUUAUUGAUGAAAUUUUAAAAAAAUGUGAACGCUUUUUGUUUUAUUGGUGAUGUUCACUACGUGACUGCCCAAAAGUUUUAUGUGCGUUUUGGUGUUUUUCUGCAGAAGUAGAAGCAGAAGAAAUUGUUUUAUCUUUACAUAAAAUAUUUUCCUUAAAUCAAAUUAAAUUACUUAUUUUCUUAAGAUCGCUGGAGAUUUUAUUUUAGCUUUUUUGUUAUUGACUCAAUGUGGUAUUUUAAGAUAUUUUUUGACAGUGGAAUUUUUUUAACCCAUCACGCGGCCGGUAAACACAGUAUUUUCUUGUAGAAUCAGCACAUUCUGUUCAAUCCUAGAAAUGUGGCGCGCAAAUAUUUUACACUCUGUAUAUGGUAAGUCUUGCGGGAUUUUUUUGGUUAUUUUAUGUUUUGUAAAUAUAUGAUAACACGCUGUUUUGGGUUUGUAGAUACAAGAAAAAAACGUAAUUUCGGUAACUCAUUUAUUUUUAUCUGUAAACAAUAAACAACAAGAUUAUGGCAAAUUUUGGCAUUAAAUGCUUUGGCAUUAAAACCCAUCUAAAGAAAAAUUAAUACUCCGUCGAGCAAAACAUAAGUAUAUACAUGAAGUGGUAAUUAUAAUAUAAUACUACAAAUACGAUUAUCUUCUAGUGCUACCAUAGUGUGAAAAUACUUUGUAAAAAUACCUCUAUUCUAUGACUAAAAGGCAAACAUUGUUAAUAUAUGUAUAUUAUUUA